AUGGUCAAAUUACCCGAUGAUUCGUUCAAAGAAAGGUCAGAAAAGGUUAAGACGAAAAGUUAUUUGAACGACAAUCAUUUGCAGAGUUGUAACAAAAUUGGUUUCAAUGGGACUAGUUCUCAAGGUUACGGAUGGAACAUUAUCGAGCAUAAUUUUGAAGCUAAUGGUAUGUCACUCUUUAACAAUCUUUACAUGGUGUCAUCGAAAGACAAAAGAGAAUCCUUGGAGUUCGGUCAAACAUUCACUCCACGAUCACCACAUUCCAUAGUAACAUUCCAUCAUCAAAUAUUGUUGCUUUGGUCAUGGUCGAACGUUCAAAAUCGAUUUUCCAAUCCAUAA